AUGAGUGACAUUAGCAAGAAGAUACAUAAUAUCUUGGUCAAAAUAGCAAAGUGGAGGGAAGCCCUAAUUCAACCCCUGCAUAAGCGAGAGGAAGAAAGUGUUUCAAGUUCUCGCGUACAUCCCACUCGAAGAUCCGAUGGUGGCAGGGGCAACGGUGCGACCCCAUUCCCGGCCUUCACUUCCUUGCAAAAGCUUCUAUUAGUGGGAAUCUCUUCCUACAUCUACAUCAUCAUCAUCAUCAUCAAAAAGCUUCUACGAGCUUCCAUCUACUUUCCUCUCUAUUCUUUCAGACCAACAACUUCUUCUACACGCAAGCACCCUUCAACCUCAUCAAAUAUCAUGGAACGCUCUAAGAAACCCUCCGCUAUCCCAGUCUCUCCCACAAUACCUACCCCGCAGGUCUCCAUCUCAGAAGACAACUCUAGGGUCACUGCAAGCUUGCCCACCGGCGAGUCUGUCGAGGUCCUCCUCUUUGGCGCUACUGUCCUCUCGUGGAAGACGGCAAAGGGCAAGGAGAACUUGUUCGUCAGCUCCAAAGCCCACCUUGAUGGCUCAAAAGCUGUGAGGGGUGGUAUUCCUCUGGUCUUUCCUAACUUCGGUCCAUCUUCCAAUAAAGCAACUGAGGGUCUCCCUCAACAUGGCUUUGCUCGCACAAGCAAAUGGGAAUACCUUGGAAAAUCUUCUUCUGAGUCCUCAACACUUCCCAACAGCAGCGGAGACUCCUCAGUGAAACUGGACUUUGGUCUUUCGAAUACCAUGUUGGACAAGAUCCCGUCGGAGUGGAAGGACUACCAAUUCGGUAUCACCUAUUCUGUAACAUUGGGCAGGGAUGAUCUGGAGACCAGUCUUGCGAUAAGAAACACCGGAGAGAAAGACUUCGAGUUUCAGACGCUGUUACAUAGCUAUUGGGCAAUUGAUAACAUCUCGAAUGUUUCAGUCUCCGGGCUCGAAAAGGUCUCCUUCGCAGACAAAGUAGGCGGCGGAAAAAAGGAAGAGUCAGGAGCCAUCACUGUCUCUUCUGAGGUCGAUCGCGUCUACCACGUGGACCCAUCUCAAGAGAUCGCCAUCAUUGAGAAGGAUAAGCCUCGGUUCGAGUUCACCCGGGAUAUGUUGCCUGAUGUUGUAGUGUGGAACCCAUGGAUCGAAAAAUCGAAGACGAUGUCGGACUUGGCGCCUGAGGAUGCAUACAAGAGAUUCAUAUGUGUGGAGACUGGAAGUGUCAGCUGGAACACCCUGGAGGCAGGAGACACUUGGGAGGGCGGGCAGAGGAUCAAGGCUCUUUGA